CUACUAUUCAAAGUUCUUGCAAACUAAAGACGAUGUUGAAGAAAAGGGAAAAGGGAAAAAGGGAAAAGGGGAAGGCCGUAGUUGUGUUGUAGUCCCCUUCUAAUCGGGGUACUCCACUCGAAUCGACUCGACACAGCAUAGCUAAAUUUGCGAUCUAGGCCAAAACGCUCACCUUUGCCCUUCCAAUUUCUCUAUUUAUCUACAAGAGAAGCUGUACAGGUAGUUAGUCGACUCAUGCAUUUCUAGAGAGAGAGAGAGAGUGAGAAAGUGGUUGAUGUUAAUCUAUUUCAAAUUCAAGUAAAGUACAAGGGAAGGGAAUUGUGCUCCGGUUGUUUUUACGACUUAUGAAGAUUUGUUGUUUGAAGAAAUGGAGUUUGUGGGGAGAACAGUGAGGAAAGAAUUCAAAGGAUUUGGGGUUUUCGCCGGAGUAGUGAAAUCAUACGAUUCCCCAUCUGGUUUUUUCGAAAUCGGCUAUGAAGAUGGUGAUUCUGAAGAAAUUGAUUUCUCCGAGUUGGCUGCUCUUUUGGAAGUAGAUGGAGUUGUUAUGGAGCAUUCUCCAUCUCUGGUGACUAAGAAAUCAUCUAGGGUUGGGAAAAGACCUAAAAAAAGGCGUAGGGUUCUUGGCUCUUCAAAUUCAGGUAAUGAAAACGAUUUUUCUUCUUCUUCUUCUGGUAAUGCAGUUGUAGCUGAUGAUAAUAAUUUGGAUUCUGUUGAAGGGGAAUCGAAGAGCGAAGGUAAUCUUGCUAAGAAUUUGACUAAAAAACUGGACUUUAGCAGUAACGAUAAUAACGAUGCUAGUACUAAUGGUGAGAAUUUGACUCCUAAAGAUGUUGGUUUGAAUGUAAACUCCGGGAUGCAUGAUUUGGAUAACAAUGGGAUGCGAAAUGAUAAUUUGGAUUUGAAUAAUGAAAAUGAUCAGGAAUCAAAAUCGAAAGACUUGGGGGAUGAUUCUGUUAAGAAAGAACAGAUUUUUGACUUGAAUAUGGACUUAGACUACCCUGAAAACAAGAACCAAGACAUUGAUCUUGGUCGCUAUGUAAAGGGAGCAAAUUCUGGUGGAAAUGAAACAACUAAUCUUUCUAGUACUGAUCAUCAUGGAACUUUGGAAUCUGGGAAAACAAGAGGUGGAAAGAGAAGAAAGCUUAUGGAUUCUCCAAAAAUGGCUGCAGAAAGUGCCUUAAGAAGGAGUGCUCGAAGGCGAGCUAAGUUUUCUAAUGAAGUUCGUGAAUCAAGCUCCAUUAAAAUUGAAGGUGAUGAACAUACAUUGCCAUUACCAUCUCCAGUUAUAAGUGCAGUUUCAGAGGAACAUCCUGCAAUCUCUGUAUCUGAAGAAUCUGAACAACCUGUUAUUCUUCCCUCAAAGCUUGAGUUACCUCCAUCUACAGGAAAUGUGAAUCUUGAUGGCCUUCCACUAUUUGAUCUUUUCUCUGUUUAUACUUUCCUGAGGUCAUUUAGUACAAUAUUAUUCUUAAGCCCAUUUGAAUUCUGGGAUUUUGUGGCAUCCAUUAGAAGCAAGUCUCCUACCUUAUUGAUUGAUUCUAUUCAUGUUUCUCUUUUACGAACUUUGAGGAAGCAUUUAGAGUUCCAACCAAUUGAGAAUUCAACAUCAGCUACCAAUUGCCUAAGGGAUCUUAACUGGGAUCUACUGGACUCAAUCACAUGGCCAAUCUUUAUGGUUGAAUAUCUACUCUUGAAACCCGAAUUUGAUCUUUCUCACUUGAAGUUGUUCAAGAACGAUUACUACAAACAACCCGAAUCUUUAAAGCUAAAAGUAUUGCAUUUCAUUUGUGAUGAUGUGGUAGAAAGUGAAGCUAUAACUUCAGAGCUUAAUAGAAGGACAAUAGGAAUAGAAUACAGUGACUUUGAUCAACCUACAAAGCUGCUUUCUAUAAAGAAACAUCAAUUUGGUCAGGUUGUUGAUGAAAAAGAAACAUCAGAUUGGAACUCUGAUGAAUGUUGCCUAUGUAAAAUGGAUGGGAACUUAAUAUGCUGUGAUGGUUGCCCUGCUGCUUUUCAUUCAAAGUGUGUAGGUAUAGCCACUAAUUUGUUGCCACCUGGCGAUUGGUUUUGCCCUGAGUGUGUUGUGGACAAGAAAAACUUUAGGAUUGAUGUGGUGAAGGCAAUUCGAGGAGCAGAGUUAUUGGGAGUUGAUCCACAUGGAAGAUUUUAUUAUAGUACCUGUGGUUACAUUUUGGUGUCAGAUAAUUGUGAUGCUGAGUCAUUUCAUUACUAUGAUAUGAACAAUUUGACUCCUUUGAUCAAUGCACUUGAAUUAUCAGACACUCCUUAUGAAACCAUAUCAACUGCUAUCACCAACCACCUGCAUUCAUACGAGAAACUUCAUGGAACAACUUUCCAAAGAAUUGCAAAUGACGAUAAUACCCUCACUGAAAAAAACUCCUCAAUUUCAGGGGAUCAAGAUUCCGACUUAGAAAUAGAUUAUUUGAACUUAUACAGCUUUGCUAGAGUUGCUUCAUCAGUUGUGGGAGAAUGGACCAGAAAGCCCUCAGAAAAAGCCCCUCAAACGCCUUCAAAAUCACUUGAGGAACUGAUUUCAAUACAAAUGAAAUCAAUCUCCAAGACUUCGGUUGACUUUUGUUGGUCAAAUAUCAGGAAUUUGAGUGUGGAUGCUAGGAAAGAGAAAUGUGGGUGGUGUCUUGCUUGCAAGUUUCCUACUGAUGAUGGGAAUUGUUUGUUCUUUGCAAAUAAUGCUGCUUUUUUGGAGAGUUUUACAAGUGAUGUGAUGGGUUUUGAUUCAAAAAUUAGCAGAAAAGAUCGACUUGUUGAUGUCAUGUGUCAUAUUCUAUGCAUUGAAGAUCGGUUGCAUGGUCUUCUUUUGGGUCCUUGGCUUAAUCCUCAUUUCCCAAAACUUUAUAGGAAAACUUUUCUUCAGGCUUCUCAUAUUGCUCCUGUUAAACGCCUCUUGCUCAUGUUAGAGUUGAAUAUUCGGCCACGUGUACUUUCAGAUGAGUGGCUGAAACAUGUGGAUUCAGUGGUGACAGUGGGGUCCGCUUCUCAUAUUGUGACAUCUAAACCUCGUAUUCCUUCAAGAAACACAAUUGGAAGAAAAAAAUCACAGUUUUUGGAUUCAGAACCCCAUUCUUCUAAAAAUGCAGCAAGUGGAUUAGGUUUGUUUUGGUGGAGGGGUGGUAGGCUUACAAGAAAGCUUUUCAGCUGGAAGGUUUUGCCUCAUUCUUUGGCUUCCAAAGCUGCUCGACAAGGCGGAGGCAAGAAGAUUGAGGGUAUAUUAUAUCCUGAAAAUUCCGAUUUUCCAAAAAGAACAAAAGUCCUUGCCUGGCGUGCUUCUGUUGAGUCAGCUUUUACUGUUGAACAGCUUGCUCUUCAGAUUCGGGAACUUGAUGCAAACAUAAAAUGGGAAGAAAUUGAGAACACAAUUCAUCUUGCAAAAAUGGACAAAGACUCUUUAAAGUAUAUGAGAUCAUUUAAAAAAGCAAUAGUGAGACGAAAGUCUUCAGAAGGAGCUAUUGUGAAAUAUCUUUUGGAUUUUGGAAAAAGAAGAUUUAUACCUGAUACAGUUGUGAAACAUGGAUCUAAAGUUGAAGAGUCAUCAAAUGAAAGAAAAAAGUAUUGGGUGGAAGAGUCUUAUGUGCCUUUGUUUCUCUUAAAAGGUUUUGAAGAUAAAAGAAUUGCAUUAAAGUCCAAUAAAAUGAGCUCUAGUAAGCUUACUUUUCCAUUUAGUGGAAGAGUUUUCAAUUCCCCUAAAAAAGAUGUUUUCUCUUAUCUUUUUUCUAAAGCUGAACAAUCUAACACCCUUCCAUGUGGAUAUUGCAAUAAGGAUGUUGCUAUAAGAGAUGCAGUAAGCUGCCAACAUUGUGAAGGAUUCUUUCAUAAAACACAUGUGAGGAAGACAAGUGGAGGAAAAGGGGGAAAAUGCACGUAUGCAUGUCACAAUUGCAAUGUUGGGGACAUGAUAAAGGCGACACCCAAGAAGAAGAAAAAAAUAAAAUCCAAAAAGACGAAAAAGCCCCUAAAAGUAACGGAAAAAAGAGGCAAAGGAAAGCAAGUGGUAGUACCUCUACGACGAUCUUCUCGGAAGCCUAAAAUUGUUUCAUUCCAAAGCAAAAAAAACCCUAUGAAGAAAAAGAAAUCCAAAACUGGUGGUAGAAAAAAGAAGCUGAUGAAAUCGAUUAAUGAAGUGAUAAAACCCAAGGGUAAAAGAGGAAGACCAAGGAAAAUAAAAGAAAGUUUCCGGAAGAAGAGAUCACUUGUUUAUGCUACUUAUUGGCUCAAUGGUCUCCUUUUAUCCAGAAAACCCGAUGAUGAACGGGUUAUUGAUUUUAGGGCCCGGAAUCAUAUUCCGCCUUUUGAACGGUUGGAUUCCGUUGCUGAUCAACCCAAAUGUUGUCUUUGUCAGGAACUGGAAUUCAGAUCGUCAUUGAAUUAUGUUAGUUGUGUGACAUGCAAAGAUUGGUACCAUGGGGAUGCUUUUGGGCUUAGAGACGAACACAUAAGUGUCAUUAUCGGCUUUAAAUGCCAUAAAUGUCGUGAACGGGCCCCACCCAUCUGCCCCCACUUAAAUCCCGUAACCGAGUCGAAAUUGGUCACGGGACUGAGUCAGCAGACGGAAAACGGGGCCGAGUCAGGUGUGAUGUGUGAUCAGGGUAAGGGUAUUUUGGGAAAGGAAAGUUUGGUGAAUGGUGAUUUAGUGAUGGCGAAUGGAUUUGUGGAUGCAAUGGAGGUGGUUGAAGAGGAUGGAAUUGGAAAUGGAAUGUGAGGUUUGGUAGAUAACUGAGAUUAGUCUAAUAAUAGAUUAGGAUUUAACCUCCGAUUGAUAUGUUGGCUAAUGAAAUGAUUUGACGUGGUUGAUUUAUUAACAGUAUUCUUCCAUUUCCAUCGAGUUUGUGGAAAAACACCAAGUGAUUGAUUAGACAAGGAUAUGGUUACUGUAGUAGUUGACAUCGUAUUCCAUUAGAGAUUCGAAAUCCAUGGGAUUUGGUUGGAAUUGGAAUUGGAAUUUAAUUCAGUUUCGUUUCAUUUUGGA